AUGGUCGGUUUGUAAACAUAAACAAUCGUUUGCACAAUCAGUUACGUUAUUUCAUCAUGCUGACUUAGUAUGGGAAUACUCACUCAAGAAUGGUCCAUAACAUCUUUAAUCAAUUCAUUCUUCAUCAUCGUCGAUGUUUUCAUGUAAUCAAAAAAAUUGAUUUGCGUGUGUUCACAUCGUGGCCGGUAAACAAUGAUAGCUUGGAAAGUAUUGACUCCGGAGACGGGCGAGAUUAUUUUAAAAUGGGCAAGUUGGCAGACUAUCCGAUUCCCGAUAAGGUUGUUAGUGUUGCGUUGAAUAGGGAACCAUCGCAAAAAUUCCUAGAUCGAAUAAGUCGAUGGGCUGAAGACACAUCACUGACAAGAACCGGUAAAAACACCUACAACGAAGCAUUUAGGACAAUGAUUUACUUUGAAGAGUUCCACGAACAACAGGUGGUGGAGAAAUUCAAUUUGAAAGGAGUAAAAGUCCAACCAGUCAAUUGGAACGAAUUUUUGUUUGAGUCGACAAUGGAGAGUCUAGGUAUUGCGAUUGACAAUGGUCUGCUUGGUCGUUUUGUUUUGCAUUCAACGGGUGAUGCACAGGAAAUCAGUGGAUCAAUAUCGGGAAGAGACAAUGACCAAAUUUACGUUUCGUUAUACGACGGAGUGGAACGGUUCAACGAAGAUACUUUCUACGACAUCAAAUUCGAAAUCAAUAGAAUUCCAUUUCAAGUGCAACACAAGGCCCUGGACUUUAUUCGAAGCCACAAACUUUUCGAAAUUCUGAUUGAAAAUCCAAAAUAUUCGACGCAGGAAAAAAAUCCACCAGAAAAUGAGCUUCGUGAAUCGGCAAUGCUAUGUGGAAAUGAACUCAAUAACAGUUUAAAUGAAGAGCAAAUGCAGGCAGUGGAGAAAAUUUCAUCGGGCAAUUAUCAUCCACUUCCAUACAUUUUAUACGGGCCGGCUGGCACGGGGAAAACCAAGACGAUAGUUGCGGCAAUUUUAAACAUCCUCAAAGGCAGCACGAAGCAUAUUUUGGUUUGUGCUCAAUCGAACGCUGCUUGUGAUGAAAUCGCUGAACGUUUAUGUCAGUACCUGAGUCCAAAUGAAUUAUUUCGGAUGUAUGCAAUGACUCAACGACCUACGAACGCUUCUAGUGCAGUGCUUGCUAUUAGUAACUUCUAUCGUGGAAACAUCGACUUUCCACCAUUAGACCGUUUGUACCGGUAUCGAGUGGUCAUUUGUACAUUGUCGACGGCGGGAUGCUUAACCAGAGCACACUGCAAUCCACAUCAUUUCUCGUAUGUAAUAAUUGACGAAUGCGCCAGUACACCGGAGACAAUGGCUCUUGUGCCAAUUGCUGGAUUGUGCACAUCGGUAAGUGAAGUGCAUGCAAAUAUUGUCCUAGCUGGGGAUCCAAAGCAACUGGAUGCUGUUACGAAAUCUGAGUGGGCAACGAAAUUGGGAUUCAGUGUGUCUUGGUUGGAGCAAUUGUUUAAGUAUCCGCUGUACGGACGUGAUACUGAGACGGGACAGUUUAAUUCCGAUUACAUUACGCAUCUGGUUAAAAAUUAUCGUUCACAUCCAGCCAUUCUGCACGUUCCCAAUCAUUUGUUUUACGACGGACUUUUGGAAGCCAAAGCAUCACCAGAUGUCAUUGACCUGAGCGAUACGUUUCCGCAUCUUAAUCCGAAAUUUCCAGUAAUUUUCCAGUCAGUGCAGGGAUUUUGUCAAAAGACUGACAACGACACAAGUUCGUAUAACACCGAUGAGGUGGACGUUGUGCUAAAAUUCAUUGGCAUAAUUCAGACGACAAAUUCCGAUAAAAUCAAACUUUCGGAUAUUGGAGUAGUGUCACCCUAUCGAUUGCAAUGCAAGAUGAUCAGACAGGCAUGCAGAGAGAACAAUUUCAAUGACAUCACAGUUGGAACAUCGGAAACAUUUCAGGGACAAGAACGAAAAGUGAUUAUUGUGUCAACCGUUCAGUCGAAUCAACGUUAUGUGGGAAAAUUUGUCAGUGAUCCACAGAGAAUGAAUGUUAUGUUAACGCGUGCGAUUAAUCUUCUGGUCGUAAUUGGUGAUCCGCACACAUUAGGAAAGGAUGAGAAGUGGGCAACAUUCAUCGAAUUUUGCUAUAAAAAUGGAGGCUUCAUACAAAGCAAUCACAUUUUUCAUCCUAAAGUCGGGAAAGUGGCGAUUGUACCAACCUAAUUUAUAGAGAAAUUUAUGGUA